AAACAGAAAGCUCGAACCUCGACCGUAACCGACCAGAUUCUUGCUUUGACAAACCUUCCCCGUCCUGAAAACCACUCUGCCGUUGGGGUUGACGUAUCCUCCGAGCAUCUUCUUUGUGCUUGCCAGUGAAUUUUUUCCAACCAGACCGCUGCUUUUUCCACAAUUCCUUGAGGCUCGAGUUCAGCACCGCACACCGUUCUGUACCAUGGAAGCCACUUCGAGUCAAGGAGCUGUUCCAGUGCCAGCAGACAAGACCAUGUCGAAUCCAGCACCAUCGGCAAGCAACAUGAAUGUGACCAAAAGAUUACAGUCGGAACUCAUGAACCUCAUGAUGUCACCCACGCCCGGCAUAAGCGCUUUCCCCAAUGACGCCGACCUCCUCAAUUGGACUGCGACCAUGGAAGGUCCCUCGGAGACGCCAUACGCCGGCCUGUCGUUGAAGCUGAGCUUCGAAUUUCCAAGCACGUACCCACUUACGCCACCAACAGUGUUGUUCAAGACGCCCAUCUACCACCCGAACAUUGACUUCUCAGGCCGCAUCUGCCUGGACAUCCUCAAGGAGAAGUGGAGCGCAAUAUACAACGUUCAAACAGUGCUGCUCAGCCUGCAGAGCCUGCUCGGCGAACCAAACAACGCGAGCCCACUCAACGGGGAGGCAGCCGAGCUCUGGGACAAGGAUCAGGCAGAGUUCAAGAGAAAAGUGCUCGCUCGACACCGGGACCUGACCGACGAAGAGGCGGGCAUGGGAGGUUUCUAAGAGCGAGUGAGCACUGGCCGAAGAAAUUCGCGAGAUUCGAAUAGCGGCAACACGACGGUGGGAAAGCGGUGGAGAUACCCAAAAGUGAGCAUCACGACCUAUCACUGCAUGGGACGGUCAGGAACCAAGAGCCCCAGCUUUCCGUUGGGAGCCAAUCUGGACAGUCUUGCUCUACAGUUUUGCUUUUGAGCCUUUUUUUCCCUGUCCUCUCUUUCUACAAAACAUGUACCUUUUUUUUACUUUUCUCAAAUUGCAUCACUUGGUGUCAGGAUUUUGGCUAUCAUUUGAACGCUUGAUCUGUUGGCGGCAAGCACGAACGGCCUGAACAGGGCUAAGCAGUGUAAAUGACUGGGAACACAAACGUUCCGUGGAAUUGACCACAUGCAGUUCUACUCUUCUUGCACUUCCCUUUCAACCUAAUCACGCUUUACCCUAAGAUCAAUCCUUCCACGUAUAUACUAGUUCCCG